AGAAGGAUGGAAGCGCUUGCGACUGAAGUGGAGGCAGCGGCCUUAAAGGCCUUGGCUGAGGUGAGCACCAUCCUGGAACCUGUAGGCUUGCAGGAGGAGGCAGAGCUGCCCUCAGAGAUCCUGGCUGAGUUUGUGAUGGACUCCCGGAAGAAGGACAAGCUGCUGUGUAACCAGCUACAGGUAGUGGACUUCCUGCAGGGCUUCCUGGUGCACGAGGACACUGCCCAGGGUCUGGACCCCUUGGCUUCUGAAGACAUAAGCCGGCAAAAGGCAACUGAAGCCAAGGAACACUGGAAAGAGCUGAAGGCCACCUACCAGGAGCACGUGGAGGCCAUCACAUGUGCCCUGACGCAGGCCCUGCCCCAGAUGGAGGAGGCCCAGAGGAAGCGGGCACAGCUCCAGGAAGCCCUUGAGCAGCUCCAGGCCAAGAAGCAAGUGGCCAUGGAGAAACUCAGAGAAGCCCAGAAGCAGUGGCAGCUGCAACAGGAGAAGCGUCUACAGCAUCUGGCAGAAGUAAGAGAUCGUCAGAGAGGAACUCAGCAGGAGGUUGAUCGGCUAUAUCAGGAACUCAGAAGCCUGAAGCAUCAGGCAGGGCAGGAGCAGGACAAGCUGCAGAGACACCAGGCCUUCCUCCAGCUUUUAUACACCCUUCAGAAUAAAACGCUGUUGCCUGGGGCAGAGGCAGAGCCGCAGCCAUUGCAGGGGGUGCCCCUCCGCCAGGAUCUCCUUGAAGAUAAGGCCCAACAACUGACUGGGCCCCAGCACCAGAACACUGGGGACAACAUUGCAGGAGACAGAGGUGUGACCCCCCAGCUCUUCCCUUGGCCCCACUCAUUGCCGAAUGGACUGUGAACUCAUCAACACAACCUCACUUCUGAGCAUGACACAGGUGGGGGCUUACUGUAUAUCCUGUAGAUGAAAAGCCCUGGCUGUCUUCAGUUGCAUGUUUCUCUGUUCACUUCUAAUAUUCUACCCUGCCAUAAAAAGAAAGGCUAUCUCCUGUUACUGUUUAUUUCUAAUAGUGAUGAACAUGUACUUUUUUGCAGUACUGAUGAUCAAUGAAGGCCUUGAAUGUCCCUGAAAAUAAAUCUCUUCUUCUCUGUGCUGCUAGUACAUAUUCAUCUAAAAUUGGGAUUGUAUAUUUUAUUGAGGUGGUAUUGAUUAUUUUCAUAAACUUGUUCUUCUAAAAAGAAAUAAAACAAGUAUCUACAAAAGUAUAUAGAAUUAUUAGUCAUAAAUAACAUCUGAGAAGUUUCUGCUAACUUUGAAAAUGGAGUAACUACCUAGUUCACACAAUGUUAGCUUUCUCCCAUUUGAGAGCCUUUCUGUGAUUAACACACCCCAUUCCUGUUUUUAUGCAACUUGUAUUAAAACCUUUAUGUCUUAUCUUUGAACCAGAUAUGUGUAACUUUUGAAAUAUGAAUGAAGUAUGAAAUUAAAUAAACUGGUUUCAUUAUUAUUCCCAGCCUAGUCUUUGACCCUUUUGGUACUUUGAACCUUUGGGCUCUGAGGAACUUAGUACUUAGAUUUGGAAUUCAUUAAUUGAUGUGGCCUACUGACAUAACUUCGCUCUCGAAACCUUAAAUAGCCUCGGUUUUAGUUCUGAGUACUGGAGUCUCAAGAGUCAACAUCUUUUAUGUUUGUUUU